AUGUCCGACGACGAGAUUUACAACUCACCUAUUAUCUACGAUAGCAAGACUAAGACAGUUUCAGUUGACACUGAGAAAAUUUCUGGGUGGCCAAUUGAUGACAAGGCAGGAUUUACGAGAGAAGUUUACUUUUUAAAUCAUCUUGCACAAGCCAUGUUUUCACAAAAGAGCCAGGAUGUACCUACGCAGGGUGGCAAGUCUAAUAAGGAUGCGCAUAUACAGAUUGAGAAGAUUUGUGUUCAAGCGGCCAAAGACUUAAAAGUUGGGGUUAAGGAUAAGGAAGCGAUUGUUGGAUCAUUGAAUGGAGCUCUUGCACUUUCACUAGGACAACCUCCAUGGGAUUCUGCCAUGACAAAGAUGCAACAGGUUGUGAAUAUUUUGGGUGUGAGAUGUGAUGUGAAUUUGAGUCGCAAUUUUUGGGCAGAUGCAGCUGCUGAUGCAGAGAUUCUAGUGAUGUUUAAUGCGCAAGAUUGGAGGAACCAUUACCGUCGGGCACGGUGUUUGCGAACAAUUGAGAAGUAUGCUGAGGCUAAACAGGAGUAUAUUGUUGCACGAGAGCAAGUAUUGUUGGAUAAGGAUGUGAAGAAGAUGUUACAGAAGGCGAUUGAUGAGAUUGAUGAGUUGAUUUAG